UGGGCUCUGGCCCAAGUCGAGGAAACAAAACCUGGGAGAUGCCAGAGUCUGUUGGCCCAGCCUGCUGGGUAGCUGUUAAAAGGCUGAGGAGGGAGGAGCCUCCAGAUUGUGGCAUUAGCUUGCCCUGGAACUUUUGGUUUUAAAAUGUAAAUCUCUUUUGCGUGUGUGAACAAGAAGUUUGUCAGGGGGAUGAGCAACUGAGUUGGGUUGUCUAGGGAAACACCUUCCUUCGACAGGUGAAGAGGGGGCUCAAGCCCAGAGAGGAGAGCACACUUGCCAAGGUCACAUAGCCAAGAUGGGAAAACCAGAGCCCAGCCUUGCUCAUUUAUCUGAAUUUUUGAGGAGUUGAUUCAUGGACCAAGCCAGGGGCUUAGAUGACAAAGGAGAAUGUCUGAGACAACCAAUAGGGAUGACUCAACACUCUUCUCUGCAUGGUACACAGCUUGCCCAAGGUCCAGCCUAGCCCCUAGACACCAUGUCAGACAGUGAUCUGGGUGAGGAUGAAGGCCUCCUCUCCCUGGCAGGCAAGAGGAAGCGCAGAGGGAACCUGCCCAAAGAGUCGGUGAAGAUCCUCCGGGACUGGCUGUACUUGCAUCGCUACAACGCCUACCCCUCAGAACAGGAGAAGCUGAGCCUUUCUGGACAGACCAACCUGUCAGUGCUGCAGAUAUGUAACUGGUUCAUCAACGCCCGGCGGCGGCUUCUACCAGACAUGCUUCGGAAGGAUGGCAAAGACCCCAACCAAUUCACCAUCUCUCGCCGCGGGGGUAAGGCCUCAGAUGUGGCCCUGCCCCGUGGCAGCAGCCCCUCGGUGCUGGCUGUGUCUGUACCGGCCCCCACCAACGUGCUCUCCUUGUCUGUGUGCUCCAUGCCACUCCACCCAGGCCAGGGGGAAAAGCCAGCAGCCCCCUUCCCACAAGGAGAGCUGGAGCCUCGUAAGCCCCUGGUGAGCCCUGGCAACACACUCACCCUACUGACCAGGGCUGAAGCCGGAAGCCCCACAGGUGGACUCUUCAACACACCACCGCCCACACCCCCAGAGCAGGACAAGGAGGACUUCAGUAGCUUUCAGCUGCUGGUGGAGGUGGCGCUACAGAGGGCUGCUGAGAUGGAGCUUCAGAAGCAGCAGGACCCAUCACCCCCCUUACUGCACACUCCUAUUCCCUUAGUCUCUGAAAACCCCAAGUAGGCAUCUGCCAAAAGGGGUGCUCGAGGCUCGAGCCAGCUGUCCUGGGUUUCCAUUUUGGUUCCCUUUCAUACAGAGGGUUUUCUUUGGAUCACUGCCAAACAUCGGGGUCAUCUCCUCUGUCCAGAGGUCUUCAGCAGGGAGAUGCCAGCUGGUGUCACUGCACUGUGAUGGGGACCUCUCUGCUGACUGCCAUUUCUCCAGGCCUCCUCAGUGAUGAGAUUGAGAUCGGAGACAGGCAUGGUGCUGCUGCUGCUUCUCCAGAGAAUGCCCAGGACACCUUUGUUCCAGCCUGCUUUCCUAGGCUGGGCACAGGAAACCUACUACAUUCAGACCUAUGCCCCUGAGCUGGGCCUCUUUUUUGUUAAGCCAAGUGUGGACAUUCCAAGUUCGUAAGUGUGAACAAAAGAGAAGAGGAACCCAGAAGAUGUAACAGAACUGACUCCAGUUGAAUGUUUAGGUUUUCACUAAACUUUGUGUUUAUUUUUCCCUUUUUGCUGGGGUUUGCAUUAAUGGAGUAGUUAGCCCAGGUGUGGGGAGUGAGUGUGUUGCGUGAUGGAGUCUGAUGAACUGAGAACCAUGCACCACUGCAACUGGUGUUUUACAAGGAAGGAGUAUUUUUAUUUUGGGGACCAGCUAACUCUCAAUUCCAAAACAUUGUUGUAUUGUUGUUUUGAUUUACCAAAAAAAGAAAAAAAAAAAAUCUGGGGCUUUGGCUUUUCUGCAUCAGGCACAGAAGGGAAUAAAGCCUUCUUAAGUAUAAAGAGAGGGUCCAACAGAGAAUCUGACCAAACCUUCUAAGCACAGAGCAGAGAAGGAUGAUAAAACCAGAGAGGUGUUUUUUUUUUGGGGGGGGGGGGGUUAUUUUUUUUUUAUUUUAUUUUUUACUAUAUUUUGGGGAAUGGGGGAAGUAAGCUAGACCAAGGCAGUGGGUUUUUUGGUUGUUGAUUUUUUUUUUUUCCUCUUUAAUGUUUUCCCCUUCUUUAUCCUUGAAAGCUUCGCCCUGCAGCCUGAGUUUUGAAUACCUUUAAGAACUUGGAUUAGUGGGACCAGAAUGUCAAAAGCUCCCGGUAGCUCCUACUUGGAGAGAAGUGAGCCAUCUACUGGUCAGGAAGCCCUGUAGCCGACUCAAGUGGGCAGCUUUUCCCACGAUGGUGGCAAGAAACUAUUCCUGGAAGAAGUAAGGAAUGGUGCCCCCAGCUGCUGAGGAACUGCCUUUUAAGGAGGCUGGGGCUGGAAAUCAGUUAUGAAGCCUGUUCACUGUGUCUUUGUGUUGCACCUUUUUUUUAAAUUGGAGUUGCAGAGGCCUCUGCCCUGAACUUCACAGUGAAACAAAUCAUAGUUGGUCUUACUCUUCUCCCUGCUCCCCAUUUUUUAUUUUGCUGUCUCACUGCUGACAGCAUUCAACAGCAAUAUGCCCCAUCUUUUUAUAUAUCCUAAGAAACACUAAUCCUAGGUUAUUAUUAGCCAAAAUAUUUUUGUUCCGAAUAACAUUGUUACUGGGCCAAAAGACCAGUCAGGAGCCCCCAGCCUGUAGUUUCCUGAAGUUGCCAAGUCAGACACAAGGGGGAGAUUCCUGGGGAGUGACUGACUUGGGUGGACCUGGCCAGAAGAAAGGCAGCAACAUGUGUUCUGUCCUUUCUGGGAUGAUCCCUGAAGUUUUCAGGGAGGCUACCCAACUUCUCAGUAGCUCAGCCUACCCAUUGCUGUGGGAAUGGGGAUUGGUUAUUUAAGGAGAUGGAGCUUUGCUCUGAGUGGGCAAGUUUCCUAGGCUCUCUCUUUUGCCGCCCCACUGCCUCCUUGCAUGUCCCAGGGGGAUCAGGGAUCCUCACCCUCCUGAGGCCCAGCUGGGAAAGAAGGAACAUAGCACCUUCAAAAUUAGUUGAAGUUGCUGUUUGCCCAGCUUCUUCUACCCCACCCACGUGUGUGAGCCCAGGUCUAGUGUGACUGUUGGGAGAUGCUUUUAGCAAGGGACCCUGGAAGUGUGUCGGGCUGGGGUGGUGCACUGAGCGGUAGAGGUGGUGAGGGGUGAGGGAGCCAUGCUGCUGAAUUCUGGUUGGCAUUCCCCCCUUGUGCAAGAUGGGGAGGCUGGGGGUGGGGCAGCCUCUGCUUGGUUCGGUUGUGAGAUAAACCUGGAGAAGACAGUUAUCCCGUUGAAUUAUUUGAGCAAAAAACUACUGUAAAUAACUUUUGAUUUUGUCUUUUGUCAAAUAAAGUUUGUUUUUGGUUUU